CAAAAUGUAAUUAAGAAAGGAUCCAUCUCCCUUUCAUGGGUUGUUGCGUCGGUUAUACUACGAGCCCAACUCUCAUUCGAUUAAACUCACACACAUAUAUAUAUAAAUCCCAACUUAUAUUUCAACUGCAAAUUACACUUUCAGAUCUCUCGUUUCAUUGUCUUGAUCUUCAUCGAAUUGCCUAUCCCUGAGCGUGAAGAGUGGAAGCAAUUUGUCUCGGGGUCCUUAAUUGAAGCAGUGAGGGUUUGAAUCCCAGGCGAUCAAAAUGGUGGUUUUAGCGGCUUCCAUCAUCACCAAAUCUGGCAAACCACUUGUGUCGAGGCAAUUUGUUGAUAUGUCUCGCAUUAGAAUUGAAGGAUACCUUGCAGCAUUCCCCAAAUUGGUUGGAACUGGGAAACAGCACACAUUUGUUGAGACAGAAAAUGUCCGUUAUGUCUACCAGCCAAUCGAAUCUCUAUAUUUGCUCCUUGUGACAAAUAAGCAGAGCAACAUUCUUGAAGAUUUGGAGACUCUGAGGCUGCUCUCUAAACUUGUCCCUGAAUACUCUUAUACUUUGGAUGAAGAAGGAAUCUGCAAGACAGCAUUUGAGCUUAUUUUUGCCUUUGAUGAGGCAAUCUCUCUUGGGCACAAGGAAAAUGUUACUGUUACUCAGGUGAAGCAGUAUUGUGAGAUGGAAAGUCACGAGGAAAGAUUGCAAAUUCUGCUUCGGAAGAAGCAGAUCGAGGAAACCAAUCAGCUCAUGAAGCAGAAAGCUAGUCAAAUUGAUAAAAGCAAGAUUGAGAAGACUAGAAGUGGUGGUUUUGUGCCAUCUUCUGGGUUUGGAAGCAGUGAUUCGAGUAUUUCUAGUGGUGGUGGUGGUGGUUUCGCAAACCCUGGCUUUGGAAUAAGCUCUGAUGUUGACUCCUUUUCUACGAAGCCAAAAGGAGCGAGUCGUCCAUCUGCCUCAGCUACAGCUCCACCCAAGGGCUCUGGCAUGAAGUUAGGAAAAUCUCAAAAGACUAAUCAGUUUUUGGAAUCUCUCAAAGCUGAGGGUGAAAAUAUCGUUGAGGAUGUCAGACCAACUGUUGGCCAGUCCAGAGCCGCUGCUCCACUACCGACUGAUCCUAUAACAUUUACUAUUGAAGAAAAACUGAAUGCAACACUGAAAAAGGAUGGUGGUAUCAGCAGCUUUGACGUUCAGGGUACCUUGUCUCUUCAACUCCUUAGCGAAGAUGAUGGACAAAUCCAAGUGGAGGUUGAAACGAAUCCAUCAGUUGCUUUCAAGACACACCCUAAUAUUAACAAGGAGUUGUUUAACAAAGAAAAUAUUCUUGCGCCAAAGGAUGCGAGCAGGGCGUUCCCUGUAAAUCAACCUGGUAAUGGCCUCGCUCUCUUGAAGUGGAGAAAGCAAAGUUCGGAUGAGUCCUUGGUGCCUUUGACAAUAAACUGCUGGCCUUCUGUUUCCGGGAAUGAGACCUAUGUGAAUAUUGAAUAUGAAGCUUUUUCACAGUUUGAUCUUCAAAACGUUGUGAUCUCUGUGCCACUUCCUACUCUAAGGGAUGGUCAGGGUCCUAGUGUCAGACAGAUUGAUGGAGAUUGGAGGUAUGAUUCAAGAAAUUAUGUUUUGGAGUGGUCUAUAGAUCUCAUUGACGACUCCAACCGCAGGUGAGAUUUAUUUAUUUCUCUCCCUUUUCUGAUGGUAAUUGCCAUUUUGGCAUCUAAUAUACUUGAAAAUCUUUGCAGUGGCUGUAUGGAGUUUGUGGUUCCUCCAGCAGAUCCAUCAGUUUUCUUCCCGAUGUCUGUGCGCUUUACUGCUACCAGCACAUUUGGUGGCCUAAAGGUUUGUUUUCUUGUUUAUGUUUAUUGUGCAAGUCAUCUUGAUGCUUACGAUUUCUGGGGGUAAUAUCAUUGUAAGCUAUAAUGCUUCAACAUCCCUAGCAUUUUCGUUUCUCUACACUCGUUUGUGUUUGGUGUCGAGGAGAUCACUAAAUUAAUCAAUUUUGUUUGCAUAAACUUACAUUCUUACAGUGAGAUCGAGGCUGCUUUGUUUAGAGCAUUUUGCUCCUUUGAUGUGCAAGUUCUGUUUCGGUAAUUGUUUAGUGAAUGUGUUAUUUUCUUGCAGGUUGUCAACAUUUUGCCGCAGAGAGGAGGACCGGCGCCUAAAUAUUCCCAGAGAACCAUACUAUCCACAGAAAAUUACCAAGUGGUUUAAUCAGAUUUUGAUGAUAUAAUGGUCCCGAUGAAGGGUCAACUACAGUUUUAUGUAUUCUUUUGGUCCUCGAACUCACAGAGCUCUUUUGUGCUUGUUUUUAUGCUCUUUAAUCUUUAGUUUAAAUAUUGGAAUGAAUACUUUUUGAGUUGUAUUCAAGAUGGGACAUGUUACAUUUUGUCAUCGAAGAAUUAGAUUACUUGGAUCCAUCUAUAAAAAUUAGGGCUCUGUUUUUUUAUCAGUGUUGAAUGGCAAAUGCUUUGCUGACACUACUACAAAUGUGUCAUAGAAGAUUUGUUCCGUCUUGAAUUGAUUACUUAGAAAAUUGCAGAAUCCUUUGAACAAUAGUUAUGACUAGGUAACGAAAGUGUCAUGUAAAAUCAAAUGCAAAAGUAAUGAUAC